AUGGAGAAGGGGAAGAUCCCUCUCGACCAGAGAUAUUACCAGGGUCGGAAAGGCCAAUCCCCCAUAUUGCGACCACUGGCAGAAGAAAGAAAAGACAAGGCAUGCUGGGGCAGCCAGGCAAGGACUUUCCCCAUCAGGCCUGUGGAAAGCUGCUUACCUGGGAAAAGCUCUGGAGACACAGAGUGGGGAUCCCAGGCAUUGGGCAAGCACAGAGGUGGAGCUUACACUGGAUUUUUUUAUUACGUAAAAGGGCUUAGAUGGGUCAAUACUAACCACAGUGCCUGGCAUGGAGAAGGAAAGCUGAGCAGAGAGCAGAGAGCUGUGCCAGCAAUGGAAAGUGUAGCCCCAGUCCUUCUUGUCCUGCUCAGCAUAACAGCCACCAUUUGCGAUGCCCAGGACACCUGCCCAGAGGUGAGAAUAGUGGGACUAGGUGAUGCUGACCGGCUUGCUGUUCUCCAAGGAUGCCCAGGGAUCCCAGGUGCCUCUGGCUCAAAGGGAGAACCAGGUGUCCCAGGAACAAAAGGAGAAAUGGGAACCCGGGGACUCCCUGGGAAAGCAGGACCACCCGGUACAAAAGGAGUGGCUGGAGACCCUGGUUUCCCAGGACCAAAAGAGGGAAGGACUAGGUGUGGAAGGCAGAGAGCAAUUGAUGAUGUUGUUUGCCCAACAGGAACAAAAGGAGAGCCUGGGUUUCCAGAAACUUUGGGUGAGUUUCCUCCUUGGUCUUUCAUCCCACUGCUGGCUUUGCAGAACAGACUAGUGAUGACAAUGCAGAGGCAGGUCCCGCCUGCAAGAACCAGGAACUGCCAAGAGCUGCUGGAUAAAGGGAAGAUCCUGAGUGGAUGGUACACUAUCUACCCCCAAGGCUGCAAUGCCACCACUGUCUUCUGUGAUAUGGACACAGACGGUGGAGGAUGGAUUGUUUUCCAGAGACGCUCAGAUGGAUCAGUGAAUUUUUUGCGAGAUUGGUAUUCAUACAAGCGAGGAUUUGGCAACCAGCUAACAGAGUUCUGGCUGGGGAAUGACAACAUCCACUUCCUCACCUCUCUGGGAAAUUGUGAACUCCGUAUUGACCUGAGAGACUUUGAGAACAACUACUACUUUGCCAAGUACGCUUCUUUCAGAAUUUUAGGAGAGUCUGAGAAAUACAAACUAGUUCUAGGAGACUUCCUUGGUGGAAAUGCUGGAGACUCCUUAUCAUACCACAAGGACAUGCCAUUUUCAACAACAGACCAGGACAACGACAUGAGCUCCUUUAAUUGUGCCACAGCCUAUAAGGGAGCAUGGUGGUACAAUGACUGCCACUACUCUAACCUGAAUGGGAUGUACUGGCUGGGCAUUCAUGGGAGCUAUGCUGAUGGUAUAAACUGGAAGACCGGCAAAGAAUACCACUACUCCCAUAAGCAAACAGAAAUGAAAUUCAGGCCACUGUAACAGGGAAAGAGGAUGUCUGACUGGUACCAACACAUGCCACUCAACAGCCAACAGAAGACAGAAAACAUAAUGUUAUUUGAGGGCAAAACUGAACAAAGAAUGAUAUUGUAAGUUGUGGCUUUGGCCCAUAGCAGCUUUUAGAAAGCAGAAGCUCUACAGAUGCUGACUAAGCCUGAGCAUUUUUUUCUGAAAAAUCAUUGCCUUGAUUUAAAGACCAAGUGAUGGUAAGGCUACUGCAUCUCAGCAAAGCUCUCAGAUGGUAUUUCCUUCAGUGGCAAAUACCGGUAAUUUUCUCUCUAAUCCAUGUAUUUGAAGCCUUCAGUGGUUUUGCAGCCUCUUUUUCUGUUGGACCCAAGAGUGAUCUGAAAGGCAUUGAAUUCUCACCCCCCUCCCUGCAGGCCAUGCUGGAGCUAUGAUGUAGACUGAAAUGGAAAGGACUGAGCUUCCAGUACAGUGCCGUUAGCACUGUCACCUCCCUGCUUCCCUUCCCAUUGUCUCACACACGAGGUACUCCAGGAACCACAGUGACAUUGCCCACCAAGAUCCAGCUGCAGCCAGGCCCAGAGCCAGCGAUUCCCAAGGCAUGUUUUCAGCAUCUCAUUCUUAAGCCGCCGUGGACCAAGAGCUGAAUACAAGACAGUCUGUCCAGUAAUGUGUGUAGUACUAAGACACUACAGUAGUCCCAAGUUAAACCUCGCACAAGUGGCCAGCAGGUGCCAGUAUCUUCCAUCUCAUUUUCUUUCAAGUAGCAUUUGAAAACAGGCUACCCACGGGCAGAUGGAAACUGCUUAUCCAUAAUUUGACUAUUAGCAGAACAAGUUAAAUAACAUGUCUUGUUCUUUGACUCCUACCCCUACAGAUGAUGAGUGAAAGGGGACCCUAGUGCUAAAUUUGCACUGCAGGGACAAAUCAGUCAGUGGAACCAGAGUAUUUAUUUGUGUUAUGUUCCUAAAGGUCACAGGUUUGUUGUGCUACUUAGUGCACAAAUGUGUAGCAAGGUAAUACUUACAACAUUGGUAAGCCUUAAAACAUUGAGUCCAAACCUUGUGAGUGUGGGAAAAGUGAAGAGGCCACUCACCCAGCACAUGGGUGACAUGCUGAGAAAUAAAUCUGAGGUUCUGCACAUCCCUGUACAUUAGGUCCUCUCCCUGCUCACUCCUCUUUUUUAGGUACAUGACAAAGUGCAUGUCUGAGCAGAGAACGCACUGAAUUUCCCAUAGUCACUUCCUUAUCUCCAGGGGCUCAGUUAUGUUUUUCUCCUAUUCGCAGUGAUAUAUGUGCCCUCAUCAGGAGCAGGACCAACAUCCUACAGCAUCCAGUUCUGUCUGACCAGAUCAGCCACCAAUGUUGCUGUCCAGGAGCAGCCUCUCAGAGAAGCCCAUAGCACUGCCACAGACAACACUGAGAACCACAAGCUUCUUUGUGGAGACAUGAACUGAUCCUGACACCCCCUAUUUUAACCUAGCUAAAAGUGCUGAAUCCCCAUUCUCUGGUCCCCCAAUACGUUUUCCUCUUAUUACACAGAAACCUUCAAUAUUUAAAUUUCAGCUCUGAAGGACACACAGGUUAGUAGGUUUAAGAGCACACCAAGAACAGUCUACCCAAGUCCAUCUGGUUGGUUUUCCUACACCUUCACUUGGUGAAGUGAAUAUUUCCAUAGAGGAAAUACUCAGGUAUUUAUGGGGGGGCGGGGGGACAUGUGACAAGCCAUCAUCAGUGUUGGGUGAGGUAGUUGGUACCUGUCUGGAGAGUGAGAUUCUCCUGCAUCCUCUAAGCUAAUGCAGUAGCCUAGCACUGCAUCCCCUCCAGCAUGAGCCACAACCUCUGCAAGGCAGGAAAAUGCUCUCUGUUGAUACAGGCAUGUGGGGAGUGGGAGUGGGAGUGGCCAUGUGGCCAUGUGGGAGUGGGUCACAGACAUCAGCCAGGAAGAACUGAAGCACUAGGAUUCAUGAUAUGUCUCCCUGGAGAGAUAUGUGCCAUGUCCCCAGACACACUAGUCCACUUGGACUCCCUUUGUAGUUAGUUGGGACUACUGGCAAUGAUGCAGUCUGGGAUGCAAGUGACCCUAAAGAAGAUGCCUAGCAAAGGUGCUGGUGCAUGGAGCUGGGGGGGGAGGAAGAUAUUGUUAGGAAAAAGAAAUGGACCUGGAGUGAGUACACCACUGCUAUAACUGGAAACAGAGGAAUGACAUCUACCCCUACAGGGUCUCCAAGAUCCAUCUCUGCUGACUGCCACAACUACCAGCCCAGAGCUCCCAUCUUGCCUCAUGGAAGGGUUCUCAGUCCUCCAUCAGCUCUUACACCUGACCAGUGAGGGAAAAAGCAGAGAAGAGACUUGAGGACUAAAGGAUAUGCCCUAAAGGAAUAUGCUCCCCAAACUGUCAGGAUACCAUCUAGUCCCUCUUGUUUGACAUCUUCUUGACAAGGUUCUCUCCAGAAGAAAAGCAGAAUGGCCCCCGUCGAUCAGUGACUGAUCCUGGCCACUGCUCAUCUGAGCUUUUCUUCCAUGUCCUGAAAAACUUAUGAAUCAGGCUUGCAUUUUUUGUUUCAAAACCCUCCUCUUCUCCUACACUUACAACCCAGAAGGCCAACUGCAUCCUGGGCUGCAUCAAGAGAGGAGAGGCCAGCAGGUCAAGGGAGGUGACUGUGCCCCUCUAUUCUACCCUUGUGAGGCCCCACUUGGAGUACUGUGUUCAGGUGUGUAGCCCCCAGCACAAGAAGGAUAUGGAGAUGUUAGAGUGGGUCCAGAGGAGGGCCACAAAGAUGAUCAAGGGGCUGGAGCAUCUCUCCUAUGAAGAAAGGCUGAGAGAGCUGAGGCUGUUCAGCCCACAGAAGCAAAGGCUCCGGGGAGACCUCAUGGCAGAUUUUCAGUACUUAAAGGGGUCGUAUAAAAAGGAUGGAGAAGGACUCUUUACUUGGGCGGAUAAUGAUAGGACAAGGUGGAAUGGUUUUAAA